UAGAAAACAGCUGUAGAGGAGCUAGUAGUAUGCGACUGUCGUUGCAUUGCGUUUGAGAUAGUUGGAGGAAUAUCGUGUACGUACGCCACGACUCGAUGUAAGAGAAUUGAGACCGCGAUAGUACGCGUAAAAUAUAUUUUAGUUUGACGUGAUACUAUCAACAAUUUACAAGUAAACAGAAGAUGCUGCUAAAUUUUUGUGAUCCUCAUUUGCGGUCGGAGAUCAAGUGCAGUACCAUCAGCACAGAGGGACAUGAAGUGACCAACUUGAUAAGCGAGCCUUGCAAAGGAUUCCUCGCGUAUUCCUGCAUCAGACCACCGGUUCACAUAGACAUCACGUUUCUCUGUAACGUAUGGAUAAAUCACAUAAUAAUUUGGCCAACUGUCGGCUCACAGAAGUCAUCAGGGUUCCAGCUUUAUUCCAAGAGUACUGACUCCGAUGUCGUCCCAUAUACCUUAUUAUCUACUGGAUUCCUGGGCCCAUCUGAUGAUGGAUUACUGUUCCACUCAGCUCACGUCGAUCCUAAGGAGAUCUCUGUACCAAAAACUUUCUUAAAGCGUUGUAUUAGGAGCUCUAGGCAAAAUUUGACUGCUUAUAUUCAUAGUGUACGUCUAACGAUAUGCAAGACAGAGAACUCGGUACCAGCGUUAGGCAACCUUGAAAUAUGGGGAACUGUAUCACCACGUUGCGGAAAGGAUGUUGUAGCAAGUGUGUAUGCUUUGUUGUCGAAUUAUCAAGCAGCAUCGCCAUUGCCAUCACCUGAACAUAAAAUUAAUAUCAGAGAUUCUGCAAGCACUCAGGAAGAGAAGCACAAGAAGCAAAAAGAUAUAGCAAUCUCCAGGUUGGAAAUUCCUGAAAGCUUCUUAGAUUCAAUCACAUGGGAGCUGAUGACGCAACCGAUUACGCUGCCUAGUGGCAAUGUAAUAGAUCAAACUACUUUAGAGAAACAUGGACAAAAUGAAGCAAUUUGGGGUAGACCAUUGUCGGAUCCAUUCACUGGCAUUCCAUUUAGUGAGCACCGUAAACCCGUGAUGGCAACUGCCUUGAAGUACAGAAUUGACGAGUUCUUACUAAGAAAUGGUGACUCGGAAGAAAUAAAAAAUAUACCAAGAGUCUUGGGCCAUAAUUCGACCUCGGCCAUCGUGGGAGACAGAAGAAUAAUUGAGAUUCCCAAAUGCGUGUUAAGUGAGAACUCGGUAAAGAGGACUGCGAAAGAUGCGAAGCUACAUGCACGCGAACAAACAACGACUGGUGAUACCUUGGAACGUUUGCAACAACCGAAGAGAUAUUGCCAUCGACUACCAGCAGUUGUCACAGGUCCCAAACAAUCCACUGCCAAGAUUACAGCAAGGUCAAAAGAAGUGAAAGAAAUUUCAAAUUCUUUUAAGCCACUUUACAAGAAAUCUUAUAGUGAUAAUAAGAACGAUGAAUCAGAAACAUUAGCAGCCAAUACUGACAACUCUUUAGAUGACAGCAAAGAGUUUCCAUUGCCAAAUAUUAAACGCUUUAAUGCGCCAGAGAAAGUAGAACUGCAUAAUAUGUCUGGCUAUUGCAAGUGUUGUAACAACAAUAUUUUAUAUAGACUGCCGUGUAAACAUGUGAUAUGCAGGAAGGUAUUAUUAUCUGUCAAAGAUAAUCGGUGUAAUUCUUGUGGAUUUGUUUAUAAAGUAAGCGAGAUUGAACGAGUUCAUGGAGUAAUAUUUUAAGUAGACAAUUAAGUAGAUAAUAAUAGUAAAAUAUUAAAAACAUGUAUAUUGACAAGAAUACAUAAUUAUAUAAAUGUUAGAUUUUUUAACAUUUUUUACUCCAAAUUUUUUUGUAUGCACAGUGUAAACAUAUAAAAUAUACUAUUAUUAAUACAUUGAAUUGUUAAAUCAAUAUUAAAUAUAAUUUCCAGUGUAAUUGAUAAUAGAUUUGUUCAUACUGUUUGGCACGCACAAUACAAUUUACAUCCAUGUACAGUUGACAAUGAAAUAUAUAUAAAUAAUAUCUA